AUUAUAAACUCGAAUCAUUCACAUAUCACCAAACACAGAAAAAUUAGAAAAUAUUUCUAAAAGAUGAAGCUGGUUAUGAUUCUUGUAGCCUUCUUGCUCGUUCCCCCGAUGUUCUCUUCAGGGAUCGUUGAGACUUCGUAUCUUAACAACGUCAACGAUGAGGUUAAAGAGGAGAUGGUGAUGAAUAGAAGAAGAGUCGAUCUUGAGAUGGAUUACACUGGUCCGCAUCCAAGGCCGCCCACACCUCCAAAAGAGCAAAAAAGAGUUCAACUCAGAAACUCAUACAAACCAUAAAACUCAUAAUUAUUGACUGUCACAGUGUAUUUACUACCAGUUAUUUGACAUUUAUUAGAUAGAGUUUAAACCAAUAAAAAAAUGACUGGCCGGAUCAAAUGGUCAUAAGUCAUAACAUAUUAAAUACACAUGAAGUAUGCAUAGAGAGUUCUGAUUACAAGUUUACAACA